AUGACAGAAGACAAUGCUAAUGAUCUUGGUGAUGUAGAUGAGGUUGUUUAUCAUCAAUCUGGUAAUGUUGAUGAGCAAAAUGAAAUUGAAGAGGAGUUUAGUCUUGUUGGGAAAAUCUUUAUUGAAGGAAAAGGGUUAGAAGACUGUGGAAAAGUUUUUGGGAUUCACUUGGGAUUUUAUUCCAGCAGUCCUGCUUAUAAAUUGAACCAAAAGCAACAUAGUGCUAGAAUAGCUUUGUCUCAGUGGAAUAUGAUGGAGUUUGGGGAUAUUCAACAAAAUAUUAAAAAUCUUCAAAACAUGUUGGAGAUUGCUCAAAACGAUACUAGUUCUAAUAAUCAGCAUGUAAGAGUCAAGUCUAUUACCAGUGAUUUGGAGAAUUGUAUUAUUACUGAUACUGACAAUGCUAAGGUUUAUGCUGUUCCUGGUGAAUUAGAAAUUAAAAAUGUUGUUAAAAAUAUGCCUGCUUGGAGCUCACCUGGUCCUGAUGGUUUCCAAGCAGGUUUUUAUCAAACUCAGUGGCAUAUUGUUGGUAAGGGUGUUGUUGAGUGUGUUUCAACUACAAGUAUAAAUUUUCUUCUUAAUGGUUCCCCUGUGAACAUGACUGAUUCAAAGAAAUAUCUUGGAGAUCCUUUGUUACUUGGUCACUCUAAGGUGAAAUAUUUUGAUCCUAUUGUUCAAUCCUUUGAAUCUAGGCUUAAGAACUACAUAGGUACUACUGUCAAUCAAGCAGUAAUGUUUAUCUGGAAAAACCCAAUGAAAACUGUUCUUGGAUUUGGAAGGGAAUCUGUAGGUGUAUUGACAUCAUUAAGACUAAUAGUUUUUGGGCUGAAUUGGAAUGAGUUACUAAUCCAUUAUUUGUUUGAACCUGAUUCUGCUAAUAAAGUCCUCUCUAUGAAUGUUUCUGAAAUAGGAAGUGACUCACUCAUUUGGAUGCUAGAUAGGAAAGGUCAAUUUUAUGUGAAAAGUGUCUAUAAUGUCUUAACUAGACAUGCUACCUCUUCUGCAGGUCCUCCAUCUGUUCCUAUCCAUGUUUGGAAAACUUUAUGGAAAGUUAAGUUUCCUCAUAAGAUUCUGAGAUGGAAGCCUCCAAAUGUUGGUUAUAUCAAAAUCAAUUUUGAUGCUUCUUUUGUUAAGGAAACACAACAAGGUGGUAUACGACUGAUUGUGAGGAAUUUUAGAGGUACCAAUCUUGGUGUGCAAGGACAAUAUUUUAAUGGAGGCAUUGAAGUGUGGAGGGAAAUGAAGACAACAGUUGUCCUGGUAGUUUCAAGAAAUCUCAGGGAUGUCAUUUUUGAGUCUGAUAAUGAAGUUUUAGUUAAAUUCAUAAAUGAACCAAACUGCUAUGUUCAUUGGAUGAAUCAAGAUUCUUUAGAAGAACCAAAGAAAUCGAAAAUCCUUUCAUGGAUGAUUAAUCAUUCUUCAUCCAAACCAAAAAAAGACUUACCUCGUAUGUCCUUUAUAAUAACACGAAUCAACGAAGAAACACACGAAAUCAUCGUAGAUAUAUCGACCAAGUCUAUCGUUUCUGAUAAAGUUUAUACUGGUCAUGGCUAUCCAGUUCUUACAUUUGAGGAACAAACAUCAGCAAGUAGCCUUGUUUUAACAUAUCCACCGUUUCUACGUUCCAUUGAGAAGAGAAAACUCAACAUAUCCGAAGUUGUUUGUGCAUCUUUUACAGUUGGAUGGUUUGGAGAGAAAAAGAAAAAUGUUAAGAGAAAUGCCAAAAUAUUGUGCUUUUACUUAGAUGGGACAGUGAAUUUGUAUGCUAGACCUAUUGAAGGUGUUACUAUCGUGGUUAACUUAGAUGUGAUGAAGGUAACAGAGUAUACCGAUAGGUUGACGGUUACUAUGCCUAAAGCUGAAGGAACUGAGUAUAGGAAAGCCAAACUGAAAUUGCCAUUGUUAACCCAGCGGUCAAAGGGUAUUACGGCUAUUCAAGACGGACGCGGCUUCGACAUUGAUGGUCAUUCUGUAAGGUGGGCGAACUGGAAAUUCCACCUAAGUUACGAUAUGCGGGCAGGUUCUGUAAUAUCUUUGGCAUCAAUCUACGAUCAAGAAAAAGAGAAAUUUCGUGAACUCCUGUAUAAGGGAUUUGUAUCUGAACUUUUUGUACCAUAUAUGGAUCCAUCAGAAGAAUGGUACUACAAGACAUUCUUUGAUGCUGGUGAAUAUGGAUUAGGACUGUGUGCAUUUCCACUUGAACCCUAUAAAGACUGUCCAGCCAAUGCAGUUUUUAUGGAUGGGUAUUAUGCCGGACAAGAUGGGACACCAGUACAAGUUAAAAACGUUUUCUGUAUUUUCGAAAAAUAUGCUGGAGACAUCAUGUGGCGCCAUACCGAAACUGCUAUUCCCGGUCAAUUCAUAAGGGAGGUCAGAGAAGAGGUGAGCUUAAUAGUAAGAAUGGUUUCAACUGUUGGCAAUUACGACUACAUUAUUGAUUGGGAAUUCAAACAGAGUGGCUCAGUUAAAGUUGAGGUGGGACUAACUGGAAUCCUAGAAGUGAAAGCUGCAGAAUACCCCCACAAAGACCAGAUCGAGGAGGAAAUCUACGGUACUCUGUUAGCUGACUACACCGUAGGGGUAUACCACGACCAUUUCCUAACCUACCAUCUUGAUCUGGACGUUGACGGUCAUGACAACUCUUUUGUGAAAUCCACCUUGAAACCGAAGAGAACUAGACCUGAGAGCUCCAAAAGGAAGAGUUACUGGACAGUGGAUAAAGAAACAGCAAAAACUGAAUCCGAAGCCAAGAUAAGACUGGGAAUGAAGCCUACACAACUGUUUGUUGUAAAUCCUAAUAAGAAAACCAAAAUGGGAAAUGAUGUCGGGUACCAUCUGAUUCCCGGAUCACAAACAGGUUCACUUUUGUCUGACGAUGACUAUGCUCAAAUUCGCGGUGCAUUUACAAAGUAUCAAGUGUGGGUUACCCCUUACAAUAAGUCUGAGAAAUGGGUUGGUGGAUUAUAUGCUGAUCAGAGUCAAGGUGAUGAUACCUUAGCCACCUGGAGUAGCAGGGACAGGGAGAUAGAAAACAAGGACAUUGUUUUGUGGUAUACGUUGGGAUUUCAUCAUGUACCUUCCCAGGAAGACUUCCCAGUAAUGCCAACACUCAGUGGUGGAUUUGAGCUUCGACCCGCGAAUUUCUUUGAAAGCAAUCCAGUCCUUAACACCAGGAGUCCCCCUAGUCCUCGGACAUUCCCUAAUUGUACCUCUGUAAACUCUUGA